AUGCUGAGCAGAGUGUGCGGCCGGCUCGCAUCAGCGCUGCGAGGGACACGCGCGCCGCCGUCCGCGGUCGCCCUGAGGUGUCUGCACGCGUCCAGCUCGCGGCCGUCCACAGAUAAGAGCGAGAGGACGGAGAAACCGCCCCGCGCCUUCAACCAGGCCUUGUUGGAGUUUCUGGUGUGUCCGCUCUCUAAGAAGCCGCUCAGAUAUGAAGCAUCGACAAAUGAAUUGAUUAAUGAAGAGUUAGGCAUAGCCUAUCCAAUUAUUGAUGGGAUUCCUAAUAUGAUACCACAGGCAGCUAGGAUGACACAUCAAAAUAAGAAGCAAGAAGAAGUGGAGCAGCACUAGAUCAUACUUAAAAACAGCACACACAACUAAAUAUUCUAAAUACCACCUACCUUGUAAAAAGUCAGAGUGGCGGGUAAUAAGUGGAGGAGAAGGAUGUUUCUGUCUCUCCCUACGUUGACUGUCCUGAUCCCACUGGUGUCUUUAGCAGGACUGUUUUACUCAGCCUCUGUGGAAGAGGACUUCCCUCAGGGCUGCACUAGCACCACCAGUCUGUGCUUUUACAGUCUGCUCUUGCCGAUCACCAUACCUGUUUACGUGUUCUUCCACCUUUGGACUUGGAUGGGUAUUAAACUCUUCAGGCAUAAUUAACGCAGCCAGAGCCAAGAUGGUAUAUCCUAAUGAUAUGCUUGAGUGCCUGUCUCUGAAAGCUCAUGUACAUGGAAAUACUGGAAACCGGCUUAAUUUGCAGGAAAGAUGCUUUGCCUAGGUUUCUGUCAGGGGUCUACGUCUAUGGGAGGCUUAAGCUGCAGAGGCAUCUUUACUGUACUUUGGUUCUGCCCUUGUUUUUUGAAGGUUCUCAUUUAUACCUGGGGUAUCAGAAGGAACAUUUCAACAAAGUGUCUUGUUGGAAAUUAACAGCCCCAACCAUCACUUGAUGGCUUACCCAUUCAUAAUUAAAAGUUACUAUUUUGAAAUUUUAUGUUUAGAUUCAAAGUCUUUGGUAAUGUCACAUGUUAAUGAUGACUAAUUCCAAAGGAGCUAUGUUGGAGUAACUGUAGAGAAAUGCAUUUGAACUAAUGUGAUAUAAAACUAUAAUAAAAUGGAAACUUCAUGGACUUGCCAAAA